AUGGCUCUCGCAUCCCCUCCCUCGUACACUCCUCUCCAGGAGCGUCCUCUCAAGGACACCAUCUGCCUCUUCGAUGUUGACGGCACGCUCACACCCGCGCGCCUGGACGCCUCGCCCGAGAUCCUCGACAUCCUUCAGAAACUUCGCUCAAAGUGUGCUAUCGGAUAUGUUGGUGGCUCGGACUUCGCCAAGCAACAGGAGCAGUUGGGCAAGCCCGCCGGACAGCCCGUCACCGCCCUCUUCGACUUUUGCUUCUCCGAGAACGGCUUGACUGCCUUCAAGCUCGGCGAACCCCUCGAGUCCAACUCCUUUAUCAAGUUCAUUGGCGAGGAGCAGUACAAGGAGCUUGCCAACUUCGUCCUCCACUACGUUGCUGAUCUCGAUAUCCCCGUCAAGCGCGGCACCUUCAUUGAAUUCCGCAAUGGAAUGAUCAACAUUAGCCCUGUCGGUCGUAAUGCCAGCACUCAGGAGCGAAACGACUUUGAGGCGUUCGACAAGGACGCAAAGGUCCGGGAGAAGUUUGUCGCUAUUCUCAAGGAGCGAUUCGGCCACCUCGGCCUCACCUUCUCCAUUGGUGGCCAGAUUUCCUUCGAUGUGUUCCCCACCGGGUGGGAUAAGACCUACUGCCUCCAGCACCUUGAGAACGAGGCCAAGAAGCCUGACGGUAUUGCCUACAAAACCAUCCACUUCUUUGGCGACAAGACAUUCGAGGGCGGCAACGACUAUGAGAUUUACACCGACUCUAGGACAACUGGCCACUCCGUCACCGGACCUGAGGACACCAUGCGUAUCCUCAAGGAACUCUUCGAUCUCUAA